GUCAAGGGAUGGAGACGAGUAGACGACGACGGGAAAGGACUAGGAAGGACGGAAGCAGAGUGCGAAACAGAGGAAGCCGGAGCAGGGGGCAUGAGAGUCCAGAGACGACGGUCGACGAGCUCACCCGGCGCCACGCAAAGGGCCACUCCAGACUGCGGUUCUUCCCGGGCGGAGGCCAGAGGACCUUGCCUUCCGUCCCCACCGUUGAUCAUUCGCGGCCGCACGAUGACACGUGCUUCCCUCGUGUGGCCAAUCCUCUGCCAACCUCGCAAAAUGGUUGCCCCUUUAGGAUAUUUUUUACCACCUCGGCACCUCCAAGGCUCUCGAGACUUCCUGACCUCUCGAGAUUUUUCCCGUCGAGGCGAAUCGGGCACAUCAACCGCCUUUCUCGAAUCCGAUUCCUCCUAUAAAUGGCGCGGUGGAAACAUGUUGGUCGUUGAAUUCUGGCGCGUACGGGAAGCAACCUCGGUCGCAGCUCCCAGUUAUUGCCCAGCCUCCCAGCUCGUGCUCCGCCUCGGCCUCGCGCCCAUGAACUUUGCCCGCCACGGCGCCCUGACCAAGCUCGGCUUCGCGACGCUGACCUGCAACUCGGCGCUCGCCAUCUACCGGUCGCGGGACGACCCGCGCGCCGUCGCGUUCGUCGCCGGCGCCUACGGGGCCAUCGCGCUGCUCUUCCACCUCCUCCGCAGGUUCGAGCGCGGGGAGGAAGGAGGGGGCAGGACGACCAGGGCCGCGGUGUGGGCUCUGACGACGCUGCUCACGGCCAUGUUCGCGUCGCGGGUGGCCCCGCUGAUGCCGCCGGCCGUCGCCGCCCUGGUCUGGAUCAUGGCGGCCGGAACCGCCGGCACGGGGUUCUGGGCCUUGUUCAUCCACCGGUGAGGCGCGGAUGCUUCGCUCCUCGUGGUAAGCGGAGCGGUGGAUCCCCCGGCGCCGAGCAGCAAUCCAGCAUUGAAAUGGAGAUGGAACCGACUUUCAACCUGUCUGACUGUAGCAAAACCUUAUUGAUUUUUGUGAUUGCGGUUGCUUGCUGCAACUAAUAAUUAUAAUUGCUGUUGCGACUAUGCAAACAUUUUGAAAAAAAAAUUGUUUGAGCAUGUAGUAGUGUGUAAUGGAGCUGUCUGCGGAGGCCCUAGUAUUACUUAUCCUCUGCUA